AUGUCGGAUCAGAUUCCCAUUCUUGCCGCUGGUAGAGUCAGCGAGAACGCAAAGAAGACCCUCGAUAUUGUGAAGAAAUUUGUUGAGGAGAGAUGUAUCCCAGCCGACCCUAUCUUUGCAGCACAAGUUGAACAAGGCGGAAACAGAUGGAAUCACCACCCUGCAGUCAUCGAUGAUCUUAAGAAGGAGGCACAGAAGCUUGGGCUGUGGAACAUGUUCCUGCCUAAGGGUCACUACAAGGAGUCUCCAGGCUUUACGAAUGUGGAAUACGGAUUGAUGGCAGAGUGGCUCGGCAAGUCGAGAUGUGCUUCCGAAGCUGUCAACUGUGCUGCCCCAGAUACCGGAAACAUGGAGGUACUGGCGAAGUAUGGAAAUGAAGCCCAGAAGAAGCAGUGGUUGAAGCCACUAAUGGACGGCGAGAUCCGCUCCGCUUUCCUGAUGACUGAGCCUGACAUUGCUUCUUCUGAUGCUACAAACAUCCAGUUGAGCAUGAGAAAGGAGGGCAAUGACUGGGUUUUGAACGGCGACAAAUGGUGGUCAAGUGGAGCUGGCGAUCCACGAUGCAAGAUCUACAUUGUUAUGGGCAAGAGUGACCCAGGAAACAAGGACCCAUAUAAGCAACAAUCAGUUAUUCUAGUGCCUGCAGACACUCCAGGUAUCACUAUCAACAGGAUGUUAUCUGUGUAUGGUUAUGACGAUGCUCCACACGGACACGGCCAUCUCACAUUCAAGAACGUCCGCGUCCCUGCUUCUAAUAUGGUUCUUGGCCCUGGGCGAGGAUUCGAGAUCAUCCAAGGCCGUCUAGGUCCAGGACGUAUCCAUCACUGCAUGAGAACAAUCGGCGCUGCCGAGAAAGCUUUGGAAUGGAUGCUUCUCCGAAUUAAUGACCCUAGAAAGGCAACCUUUGGCAAGCAGUUGAAGGAACAUGGUGUUAUCCUGGAAUGGGUGGCCAAGUCCCGAAUCGAAAUCGAUGCUGCUCGUCUCGUUGUCCUCAACGCAGCAAUGAAGGUCGACGAUUUCGGAGCCAAGGGAGCACUCAAGGAGAUCGGUGAGGCUAAGGUUCUAGUCCCCCAAAUGGGACUCACAGUCAUCGAUCGUGCCGUCCAGUCCUUUGGUGGUGCUGGUGUUUCUCAAGAUACCCCACUCGCCAACAUGUGGGCGAACAUCCGGACAUUAAGAUUAGCUGAUGGACCUGACGAGGUCCACCUGCAGCAAUUAGGAAGGAAUGAGAAUAAGAGGGGGAAGGCCGUGACUGAACACAUUCAAAAGCAACAAGCUAUCACGAAGGAGCUAUUUGCCAAGUAUAACACUAGCCUCUCGCAACCUGGCCCACAAUCGAAAUUGUAG